AUGCCAGUCAGAGCCAAUUCAAAAAAAAGAAGCAUAGUGGACAGACAGCCCACCAUAUCAGACUACGUCAAUAUAUCAAAGGAGAAAAGAAUCCAAAUUGCUUUGCAUUUACUAGACAAUAGGCAAGAUGAGGCGUUGACUUUGAGGGAAAUUGCAACCAUGGUAGGAAUAGCUGAGUCUACUAUAAGAACCAGAUAUAAGAAAAGAAGCGAGCAGCAUAAUAGAGUAAUUGCCCCUAUGAUGAUGGCAAUCAGCCCCCUCCAGAAGCAAAAGACCAACGAUAACAGUAACAAUAAUAGCAUUAAUAAUCUUGCAGAUAAGAUCAACAAUAUCCAGAGCAACAGUAAUAAUACCAAUAAUAUCCAGAAUAACAAUAAUAUCAUCAUCGGCAACAACCAUUUCAUCAAUGAGAAGAUCAACGACCUGCAAACCAAAGAUAAUUCAAAUUCAAACUCAAACUCAAAUUCGAAUUCGAAUUCGAAUUCUAUAGAUAACCAAAUCAAUCACAUAAUCAAUAACGACAAUUUAAAUUGCCCCUACAUAACAAGAACUCCCUCAAAGACUUUGCUCACACAAGAGGAAGAAAAAAAUGUUAUUUCUGCAAUUGACUACUGCUGUCAAAAUGGAAUUCACAUAUCUAUUUCCGAUUUAAGAAGAUUAUUUCAACAAAUAAUAUUCCUAAGAGCAAAAGUCCUACAAGAUCUAAGUUUUUCGGUUGAUAAUCCAAAACAAAAUCUAAAUCAUAAUCAUAAUCACAACUUCUCCUUAAAUGAUUCAAUCAUGACCAAUCACCAAAUUUCAACCGAUUUACUCAUCCAAUCUUCCAAUCUAAUAUCCAAUUCCAAAAAAUUCUUAAAAUCUAAAGGUGCAUUCCAUGUGGGAAAAAACUUCAGCAGAAAGUUUUUAAUAAAACACAAUUUAACUGAAUCUAUUUGUUUUAAAAAAAUCAACAAAAAGGAAAAUAAAAGAAAUUCAAACAUAGACGACCAAUUAAAAGAUCACCAACAAACAGAUGUAACCUCCCUUAAUAGCCAAAAAUUCUGGAAUCUUUUACCAUUAAAUGUUACAGGUUUCAAUUUAUUAGUUAUUUAUUUUGCUAUUCUUUUUGAAAAAACAGAAAAUAUAAAAGACGAUCAACCUCAAAAUCAAAAUGGGAUUGAAAAUGAUAAUAAUGAUAAUGAUGAUGAUGAUGACGACGACGAAGAAGAAGAAGGAGAUGAAGAAGAUGAAGAAGAUGAAGAUGAUGAAGAUGAUGAUAAUGAUAUAAACAACUCUUGUAUCCAUAAUAAUAUGAACUUGGGAAACAUUAAUCAUAAUCAGCUAUCUGCUAAAAUCAAUCAACAAAUUCAAAACCAUUAUAAUCCAGAUGAUAUUGUAAACGAUAGUACUAUCGAAAAUAUCGAGAAUUCAGAUAUCACUGAUAGUGAACUUGCAAAAGAAGAUAUUAAUAACAUUAUCCAACAAAACGAUGAUAUUUUACAGAGUUAUGGAAUUACUAAUUCACAGCUACUAAAUUCAAAUCUCAAUCGUAAUGAAUUUUCAAUUUUCAAUAAUAAUAAACCAUACGAUCAAUAA